AUGGUUCUCCAAGACUUGGGGCGACGUAUCAACGCAGCCGUCAGCGACCUGACCAGGUCAAAUGCCGUUGACGAGAAGGUGUUGGAUUCUAUGAUAAAGGAAAUCUGCGCUGCCCUCCUAUCCGCCGACGUGAAUGUCCGGCUAGUGCAACAGCUGCGCAAAUCCAUAAAGGCCGCCGUACAGCUCUCCUCCGUUCCCCCGGCAGUCAAUAAGAAGCGUCUGAUUCAGAAAGCCGUCUUCGAUCAACUGGUUGCGCUCGUCGAUCCACAUGCGGAACCGUUCAAGCCAAAGAAGGGAAAAUCCAACGUCAUUAUGAUGGUUGGUUUACAGGGGGCGGGUAAAACGACCACAUGUACAAAACUGGCAAGACAUUAUCAGACCAAAGGAUUCAGGGCGGCCCUUGUCUGCGCGGAUACCUUCCGUGCCGGUGCCUUCGAUCAACUUAAACAGAAUGCGACGAAGGCGAAAAUUCCGUAUUACGGUAGCUUAACACAGACGGAUCCUGUCGUGGUGUCCUCCGAGGGUGUGGCGAAGUUUAAGAAAGAGCGGUUUGAUAUUAUUAUAGUCGAUACCAGUGGAAGACAUAGGCAGGAGGAAGAUUUGUUUGCUGAAAUGACCCAAAUUCAAACAGCUAUACGGCCGGAUCAAACUAUCAUGGUUCUUGAUAGUACAAUUGGUCAGGCGGCCGAGUCACAGUCAGCCGCCUUCAAAUCAGCGGCAGACUUUGGAGCAAUCAUCAUUACUAAAACUGACGGACACGCUGCUGGUGGUGGUGCCAUUUCUGCCGUUGCUGCGACUCACACGCCUAUUAUCUUCUUGGGAACAGGUGAACACAUGCUAGACCUGGAGAAAUUCGCACCCCGACCAUUCGUUCAAAAACUUCUUGGAAUGGGUGAUAUGGCUAGCUUGGUCGAGCACGUUCAAGCGGUAACGAAGGACUCUGCUGGCGCAAAGGAGACAUAUAAACAUAUCUCCGAGGGAAUAUUCACUCUACGUGAUUUCCGCGAAAACAUUACUUCAAUUAUGAAAAUGGGACCCCUUUCGAAAAUAUCAAGCAUGAUACCCGGACUUUCUAAUAUAACGUCAGGCCUUGAUGAUGAGGAUGGCUCACUGAAGCUCAGGCGCAUGAUUUAUGUUUUUGACAGCAUGACCGCCUCAGAGCUAGACGGCGAUGGGAAAGUUUUCAUUGACCAACCUACCAGAAUCGUUCGCCUUGCUUGUGGAAGCGGAACGACCGUUAGGGAAGUUGAAGAUCUACUUUCGCAACAUAAGAUGAUGGCAGGUAUGGCCAAGAAGGUUGGCGGACAGAAGAAGCAGAUGCAACGUGCUCAAAAUAUGCUGAAGGGCGGCAACAAAGAACAGCAAAUGGCUGCUAUGCAGAAGAGGAUGGCUGCUAUGGGCGGCGGAGCUGGAAUGCCUGGCAUGCCUGGAAUGGGAGAUAUGCAACAGAUGAUGCAAAUGUUACAAGGAGGUGGUGGUGCAGGUGGUGGUGGGAUGCCAGGUCUAGGUGGUAUGGACUUGCAAAGUAUGAUGAGCCAGAUGAGCGGACUCAUGGGAGGCAUGGGUGGCAUGGGUGGUAUGGGCGGUAUGGGAGGUGGUCGUGGAGGCAGCAGGGGGCGAGGCCGAUAA